ACCGCGCCCCCGCCCCGCGUCCGCACUGCAGAGAGCGGUGGCGAGCAGGCGCCGGCGCACUGGCCCACGUGCCGCGCCGGGAGAGCGAGAACUGGACGCAGAGCCAGCGACAGGGCGAGGGAACCAGGGGCGACCGACCCCGCCGCCGCCGCCGCCGCUCUGCUCAGCCCGGAGGAGCCCGCCCCAGCAGGAGGUUGUGGAGACCUGGGUGGGCUGCAGUCGUCCUGGGAGUUGGCUGAUAUAUUUAUGUGCCCACGUCCUGAUCACCCACCCCCAAAUUAGAAUCUGCUGAAGUUCGGGAAUAUGCCAUUGACCCUGUUGCAGGACUGGUGUAGGGGGGAGCAUUUGGACACCCAGCGGUCCAUGUUGAUCCUGGGAAUUCCUGAGGACUGUAGUGAGGAUGAAUUUGAAGAGACUCUCCAGGAGGCUCUCAGGCAUCUGGGCAGAUAUAGGGUUAUUGGCAGAAUGUUUAGGAGGGAGGAGAAUGCCCAAGCCUUUCUACUGGAGCUUGCACAAGAUUUUGACUAUGCUUUGGUCCCCAGGGAAAUACCAGGGAAGGGGGGACCCUGGGAAGUGAUUGUAAAACCUCGAAAUACUGAUGGAGAAUUUCUCAAUAGACUGAACCGCUUCUUAGAGGAGGAGAGGCGGUCCGUGUCAGACAUGAACAGAGUCCUUGGGUCCUGCACUAAUUGUGCAGCUCCCAGAUUGGCUAUAUCACCAGAUUUCUGGACCUGGGCCCAGACCCUGGGGGCAGCAGUGCAACCUCUGCUAGAACAAAUGCUAUACCGAGAACUAAGAGUGUUUUCUGGGAACACCAUAUCUAUCCCAGGGGCAUUGGCCUUUGAUGCCUGGCUUGAGCACACCACUGAGAUGCUACAGAUGUGGCAGGUGCCCGAGGGGGAAAAGAGGAGGAGGCUGAUGGAAUGCUUGCGGGGCCCUGCUCUCCAGGUGGUCAGUGUGCUGCGUGCCAACAAUGCUGCCAUCACAGUGGAGGAGUGCCUAGCAGCCCUGCAGCAGGUAUUUGGACCUGUGGAGAGCAGAAAAAUUGCCCAGGUGAAAUUUUGUAAGGCCUAUCAGGAGCCAGGAGAGAAAGUCUCUAGCUUUGUGGUACGGUUGGAACCCCUGCUUCAAAAAGCUGUAGAGAAAAAUGCAGUAUCCCGGAGGAAUGUGAAUCAGACCCGCCUGAAACGCAUCUUAGGUGGGGCCACCCUUCCUGACAAACUUCGAGAGAAGCUUAAGCUGAUGAAACAGCGCAGGAAGCCACCUGGUUUCCUGGCCCUGGUAAAGCUCCUACGUGAGGAGGAGGAGUGGGAGGCCACCAUAGGUCCGGAGAGGGAGAUUCUGGAAGGGUUGGAAAUAGGCCCAAGGCCAUCUGCCAGAGUUGGUGGGGUCAGGGCAGCGUUUGUCCCUGCCCUUGGCAAUACUCUUGAGGCAAGGCCUUCCCAGGGUUCUCGACGCUGGAGGGGCAGAGGCCAACACCGGAGAGGAGGUGUGAUGAGGGCUGGCUCUAGAGGAUCAAGAAAACGGAAACACCACACAUUCUGCUAUGGUUGUGGGGAAGAUGGCCACAUCAGGGCACAGUGUUUCAACCCUCCCAAUCUGCCCUUGGUGAAGCAGAAGAGACAGGCUGCAAUUAAUUUGGGAAACGGGAGCCGGGCUUGGGACAAGAGCCAUCCCAAGUCCAAGGCCAAGUAGGCUCUGGAAAACAGGGCAACAAUUCUUAUCACAGGCCUAGGACACAAACAACAAAUUUGAAGAAUGGGCAGAGGCAGGUCAGACAAAGAGCAGAGGGUUUCAGUAGGGAAAAAGGACAGAGCAAUCAGGUCCAGACUGAACCCUGUCACCCUCUACCAGUGGGAAGGGACUCCAAGAACCCAAAUCAGACUUCAUGCAACUCAGUGAGGGUCCAUCACAGGAUCAUAAAGGGGUGCCAGAGUACCAAGCAGGGAGCUGCCACACCCUGCACAUGGGAAUCUCAAGCCUCACACAGAGACUCCAGCGAUAUAGAGUAUGAAGACGGUGAGACGGUGGGCUCUGACAUGCGUGUCUGCAAUGUCAUCUGGCCAACUCCAAGUUCCCACACUACAGACUCAGAGCUAACGAUGCCAACCAGACACCAGGAUACAUGGAGCAUGGAGGAGCCUGCCCUGGGGCCAUCCUUGUCAGAAGGAGUCAAUACCUCUGAGGAAGAGAGAGAGGUAAUGCUCCGCAGGGGAGGUCGCAGGGUCCAACCUGUCUUCAGGAUCAUCUACACUGCUCUAGGGGAGCCCCAGGAAGGCAGUACCCUUGAGCCCUUCCGCCCAUAAAGGCCGGGUCUCCAGACCCCAAAGCCCUGGGAGCCCAGCACCAUCCCAGAGGCAGUUUCCUUUCCUGCAGCCUGACAGGGCUGUAUGGGCAAGGACACCAAAGACUAAGAAGACCCCCAGGUGGGGGCACUGGCACCCACUAGGUCAGUGCACCCAGAGCUGGCUUAGGAGUGAGUGGAUAUAGAAGGCAGCUUUUGCUCCAAACAGGAGGAGGUAGAAAAGGAGUGGGAGGAGGAUGAGGGAGGACUUGGAGGGGGGCAGUUUGUUCUGUUUUGUCUGUGCAGGACCACUGGAGAAGUGGAGAGAGCAAGCAGGGAGAACUGGGGCCUGGCUUGGCAACUCACAAUUCAAGAGCUGCCAACCCAGGGUCAGCCCCAAACCCUGCCAGCCUAGGGUGGCCAGCCUUGAAGCACUACUGAUCGGCCAUCCAUAGCCUGGAUGAGGGCACCUGAAUACACCUGCCACCUGCACUGGACUGGGAGACGUCGGGGAAGAGAGUCCAUCUCAAGGGUGCCAGCUGCCUGGCUCUCCCAGCAGGCAAAACCCCAACCCGAUUCACGGUCCCCGGGACAGGGUGCGACCGUCCCUGUCCCUGGAAGCCCGCCUUAUCUGUAAGCCCCAUAGUGACCCACCUCAAGCAAAUGCCCACCCCCACGCUAGCCAUCGUUCCUGUGCAAAGCCGUGGGGUGUGUGUCAACCCCGGGCAGAGGACCGCGCCCUCGCGGCCGGCCACCUCCAGGCCCGGGCACCUGCCGUGAGCUUCCGGGCGAGCCAAGGCUCUGCUCGCUCCUGUCCAGUGUCGUGAGCUCAACCUCUGCUUUCUCGGUGUAGAUCUAGGCCAGCUGCCUGCCGCUUGUUCUCGUGGAGAUGUGUGUGUGUUCUUAUCUGAGCAGCUCCUCCCAGGAGGCCCUGAGCCCAGUCCCCAGGAGUCGGAGACGGGAGCCGGCGGGAAGGAUGGACACGGCGAGGGCGUGGUGGACGCUCACCCCCUCGGUGAUCAAGACCGCGGCCUCCCCUCGGGCAGGAAGCACUGGACCUUAGAUGGAGGGGGAGGGCCAGGGACUGUGCUUUGACGUUCCACCCCGUUGUUCCUUGUGACUCAGUUUCCUUGGCUUGGGGGGGGGGUGUUCCCUGUUAUGCUUUCCAGUGUCCUGUGACCCUUCUGUGCCAGCCAUAGGGCAAGGGCCACCCCACAGCAAGUCAGCCCCUCAGGGUGCUCCCGGAAUGGAAGUGAGUGUUCAUUGCCAGAGGCCAUUGUCCUGGCAAGAGGCACAUCUGGGUCCUCAGAAAGGGAGGCUGUGGUGGGAGGGCCCCAGCGUGGAGACAGAGGAGGCUCCUCCUCUGCAGCCCCAGGAGGGGGGGCGGGCUGACCUGUGGCCUCGAGUGGUUGUGAAGAGUCCCUUUAGGUUUUGUCAUCCCUUCUCUUCAAUGGUUUCUGCAAAUGUUUCUCUUCAAUAAAUCUCAUGGAUAUUCCAGCC